AUGGAUCCAGCGACGUUUGUUGAUCCGAACCUGACGCAGCCGGACCUGUUGGUUCUCAAGUGCUUGCUGCGAGAUAUCGACGAAGUACGGUCGAAACAACCGAGCCUGACGACCAAUGGCAACGGCCACGCCAAUGGAUCGAGUACUGGCUCCAGCACGCGAGAUGCGACUAAAGAAGCCGCAAGCUUCCGGGGACCGUCCCGAGACGACAUCAAAGACGACAAAGAAACCAUCGAGUACCUGAAGAACCUCAACGAUCCGGCCCACGACGACUUCGAUCCCACCGUCUUCGUCACCUGGGAUACGCAGCGGCUCCCGUUCCCGGCCGUCGUGCAGCAAUGGCUGAUCAGGCCGUAUAUCGCCAUGGCACGCAAGCUCGUCCGCGUUGAGACCGACGUGGCCAUGUUCUCGCAUCUCCAGCUAUACUUCACUACUUCGGUGCCGAGCGCUAUACUGCUGUUUUACCACUUUACCUGGGUGCACGGCAUACUGCACUGGCUCAUGCAGUCGUGGUAUAUGGGCACAUACACGCUCAUGAUGCACCAGCACAUCCACAUGGGCGGAGUGCUGAGCAGGAAGCUCUGGCUGGUUGACUAUGUGUUUCCGUACAUCACCAACCCGCUGAUGGGCCAUACGUGGAACUCGUACUAUUACCAUCACGUCAAGCAUCAUCAUGUCGAAGGGAAUGGGCCCGAGGAUAGAUCUUCGACACUACGGUAUCAGCGUGACGAGUUGGUUGACUUUCUGGCAUACGUGGGCCGCUUCUUGUUUCUGGUCUGGAUCGACUUGCCGGUCUAUUUCUUGACCAAGGGGAAGUACGUGAUGGCUGGGAAGGCGGCGUUCUGGGAGAUGGGGAACUACGCCGUGCUGAUAUCACUGUUUACGAUGGUGAACGCGAGGGCGACGGUGUUUGUGUUUUUGCUGCCGUUGCUGCUGAUGAGGAUUGGGAUGAUGGUAGGCAAUUGGGGACAGCAUGCGCUUGUCGAUGAGAUCGAUCCUACCUCCGACUACCGCUCGAGUAUCACCCUCGUCGAUGUUCCGAGCAACCGGUUCUGCUUCAAUGAUGGCUACCAUACAUCCCACCACCUCAACCCCCGGCGCCACUGGCGAGACCACCCGGUGGCCUUUUUAUCGCAGAAAGCCCGCUACUCCAACGAACAGGCACUUGUGUUCCGCAACAUCGACUAUAUCAUGAUGACGGUCAAGCUGCUGCAGAAGGACUACAUGCAUCUAGCCAAGUGUUUGGUACCGAUUGGCGAGGAGCAGAUCAACAUGAGCAUGGAGCAGAGGGCAGGGAUGUUGAAGCGGAAGACGAGAAAGUUCAGCGAAGAGGAGAUAUCAAAACUGUACGGUAAAGCAUAG